AGUAGUGGCCAGGAGGAGGGCUCUGGGAAGGCCGGGGACUCUGGGAAAGGAGAGAGAAGGCUGCAGACCUAGAGGCAGGGAAGGACAAGUAGUCGGAAGGAAGACGAGAACCGAGGCGGGCACGCACAGGAAGGGAAAGGGCAGCAAGACAGACGCUGGAGUGGGGAGCGGACACUCGGGAGAGCGGAGGGAGCUAGGCAGACAUGAAGUUGCAGGGGUCCCUGGCCUGCCUCUUGCUGGCCCUGUGCCUGGGCAGCGGCGAGGCUGGCCCACUGCUGAAUGGAGGGGAGAACACCGGAGCAAGUGCUGCUGAGGCCAUCGGACAGCGGCUGGGGGAUGCCGUCAGCCAUGGAAUUGGGGAGGCCGUGGGCCGAGGGGCUGGAGAGGCAGCCGGCUCUGGAACCAGGGAGGUCCUUGGCCAAGGGGGUGGAGAGGCAGCCGGCUCUGGAACCAGGGAGGCAGGGGACACUGUCAACUACAGGCUGGGGGAAGCCGUCCAUGACCUUGGAAACUCUGGGGGGGAGGCCGGCAGACAGGCUGAGACCAUCGUCCGCCAAGGAAUAGACGCUGUGCACAGCUCCGGUUCUUGGGGUUCGUCGGGGGGCCAUGGCAUCCUGGACUCUCAGGGGAGCAAUCCUGGAGGUCCAGGGACCCCCUGGGGCCAGCGGUACCCGGGAGCCUCGGAAGGCAGCUUUGGAACCUACUCUCCCGGAGGCUCCUCGGGCCAAGGAGGUAACGGCGCACCAUUCGGCUCUGGGACGGAUGCUCAGGGAGCAGUGGCCCAGCCUGGUUACGGUUCAGUGAGAGGCAGCAACCCCAACACAGGGUGCACCAACGCCCCGCCCUCCGGCUCGGGUGGAAGCUCCAGCAACCCUGGGGGCGGCAGCAGCCACGGUGGUGGCAGUGGUGGCAGUGGCGGCAGCAGCAGCCACGGUGGUGGCAGUGGUGGUAGUGGUGGCAGCAGCAGCCACGGUGGCAGCAGUGGUGGCAGCGGCGGCAGCAGCAGCCACGGCGGCGGCAGCGGCGGCAGCGGUGGCAGCAGCAGCCAUGGCGGCGGCAGCGGUGGUAGCGGCGGCAGCAGCAGCCACGGCGGCAGCAGCGGCAGUGGCAGCCACGGCGGCGGCGGCGGCGGCGGAAGCAGCAGCCACGGCGGCGGCAGUGGUGGCAGCGGCAGCAGCAGCAGCCAUGGUAGCAGUGGCAGUAGCAGUUCUGGGCCAGGCGGGGGACGGCCUUUAGAAACUUCCAGGGACGUGGACCAAAGUUUCUCAGUCUCCAAGGGAACCAAUUCCGGCCCUUCCUCAAGCAGCAGCGGCGGCAGCGGAGGUGGACACAGACCCGAGUGUGACAACCCUGGGAACGAUGCCCGAGUGAGCGGAGGAUCUGGGAGCCAGGAAAGCAGAGAGAGCAGUCACCUCCUUGGGGGCUCCCAGAGCAGCCAUCAGGGGCAAGGCUCUGAUGGGGACAGCAGCGGCAAAGGUGACGUUGUCAACGGACUCAGUGGCGUGAACUCGCAGACGGCGCCUGAGCUCUUCAACUUUGACACGUUCUGGAAGAAUUUUAAAUCCAAGCUGGGCUUCAUUAACUGGGACGCCAUAAACAAGGGCCAACUCCCGGCCCCCAGCACCCGAGCCCUCCUCUACUUCCGACGACUCUGGGAGGAUUUCAAACGCAACACCCCUUUCCUCAACUGGAAAGAAAUUAUUGAGGGUGCGGAUGCCUCAUCACUGCAAAAGCGGGCAGGCGGUGCUGACCAGUUUCCUCAGCCUGGCGCAGGACGGCAAGAGCGGCCGGCUGUAACUUCCAAGAACUACAGUUACAACCAGCAGGCACAUCCUACCGCCUAUGGCAUACAGUACACAGUCAAGACUCCUGGGAAGGGAGGAGUCACACCUUCUUCCUCAGCCUCCCGGGUGCAACCUGGCCUGCUGCAGUGGGUGAAGUUUUGGUAGAGGAUUCCUCCAGUCCACGCGGAGGCCCUGGCAAACAUCGCCAGCGAGGAGCCUGCCGAGCUCCUCCCAGCAGCUCUGCGGCCCACGCCGGCCCUGCUCUGGGCUCUGGGUUGGGGACCUGGUUCACUGCUCCUCAGUAUUCCCGCUCCACUGUGGUGUCCCCACGCCCACAGCCUCCGAUAAACCAAGCGCUUUCUUCACCGACUUCACCUGAAGUCACUGUGACAAUUUGCAGGAGGAAUUUCCCACUUUUGAGUUCUCUGUAGAAAUAAAAACACAAUUCCUGCCUCCCUA